AUGAGAAAUUUGAGUGGAGGACACAUAGAGGAGUUUGUCUUGGUGGGUUUCCCUACCUCUCCACCCCUCCAGUUGUUCCUCUUUGUCUUUUUUUUUGCAAUUUACCUGUUGACAUUGUUGGAGAAUGCACUCAUCGUUUCCACUAUCUGGCUCACUCCAAGCCUUCAUCGCCCCAUGUUCUUUUUUCUUGGCCAUCUCUCCUUCCUGGAGCUGUGGUACAUCAAUGUCACCAUUCCCCGGCUCUUGGGAGCCUUUAUUACCCAGGAUAGUAGAGUCUCCUACGUAGGCUGCAUGACCCAACUCUACUUCUUCAUUGCCUUAGCCUGUACAGAAUGUGUCCUAUUGGCAGUUAUGGCCUAUGACCGCUACCUGGCCAUCUGUGAGCCCCUCCGUUACCCUAGUCUCAUGCCUUCCAGUCUGGCCACUCACCUUGCUGCUGCAUCAUGGGGAAGUGGCUUCUUCAGCGCCAUGAUGAAGCUUCUUUUCAUUUCCCGUCUGUCUUACUGUGGACCCAACAUUAUAAACCACUUUUUCUGUGAUAUCUCACCACUACUCAACCUCACCUGCUCUGACAAGGAGCAAGCAGAGCUAGUGGACUUCCUCCUGGCCCUGCUGAUGAUUCUACUCCCUCUAUUGGCUGUGGUUUCAUCAUAUGCUGCCAUCAUUGCAGCCAUCCUAAGGAUCCCUACUGCCCAGGGACGCCGCAAAGCCUUCUCCACUUGUACCUCUCACCUGGCAGUGGUUGUCAUCUACUACUCAUCCACUCUCUUCACCUAUGCACGGCCCCGGGCCAUGUACACCUUCAACCACAACAAGAUCAUCUCUGUGCUCUACACUAUCAUUGUACCAUUCCUUAACCCAGCUAUCUACUGCCUGAGAAACAAGGAGGUAAAGGAUGCUUUCAGGAAGACAGUAUUGGGCAGAUGCCACUCUCUUGGUGAUAUUCCUGACUGAU